GGGGCCGGCCUGUGGAGCGGGUAUAAAAGCAAAGGGUUAAACCAGGUAGAGUACAGUUCAGUGCAAGAGCAACAACAACAGCAGCUCCAGCAGCACCAGCUCCAGCAGCAGCGGCAGCAGCAACAACCUGACCAGAAAAAUGACUUCCACCGGAAUGAACAUGAUGAGCAAGAUCACCUUCUACGAGGAGAGGAACUUCCAGGGUCGCUCCUACGAGUGCAUGAGUGACUGCCCCGACAUGUCCUCCUACCUGAGCAGGUGCCACUCCUGCAGGGUGGAGAGAGGCUGCUUCAUGGUCUACGACCGCACCAACUACAUGGGCAACCAGUACUUCAUGAGGAGGGGCGAGUACGCCGACUACAUGAGCAUGAUGGGCAUGAGCGACAGCAUCAGGUCCUGCCGCAUGAUCCCCAUGUACAGGGGAUCCUACAGGAUGAGGAUCUACGAGAGGGAGAACUACGGAGGUCAGAUGUACGAGCUGAUGGACGACUGCGACUCCAUCAUGGACCGCUACCGCAUGUCCAACUGCAUGUCCUGCAACGUGAUGGACGGCCACUGGCUGAUGUACGAGCAGCCCCACUACAGGGGCAGGAUGAUGUACAUGAGGCCCGGCGAGUACAGGAGCUUCAUGAACAUGGGAUGGAGUGGCAUGAGGUUCAUGAGCAUGAGGCGCAUCACCGACUCCUGCUACUAGACUCUCUCUUCGCACUGAAUAAAGCUGUCAGAAACUAAA